UUGACUAUAGUCGCUCCCGCCUUGAAACCUUUGGGAUUCCAAGGGCCGGCCAUUUGGCCCCCACGUUGAAUAAACACAAAGGUGCCUGGGUCCCUCCAAAAGGGAGCUUCACAGCCCCCAUGCUGAGCCUUGUUUGUGUGUUUAGGCCAGGGUUUUGAGGUGCUAAACACCUACCCCCCCCGGAGAUAAAAGAUGAUUAAUGCCUUUGAAUGAGUCCCGCUUAAAGGCUCAGGCCUACUUAAGCCCUUCAUUAAGGUCCAAGCGAGAGGGAAUGUCCACACACUAGAGACAGGGCAUCUCACCAGAGCCCAGGGGGAACAAGAGGUGAAAGCUCACGACGUAGGGAGCUCUGGCCUUUGAAGUGGACCCCCGUCUGCUAGGAACUCCCUGAGGCACUGGGAAUGGAAAUUUGAUUACUCGCACUUUUUACUUCUUCAGCUUCUUCAGAAAGGAGUUCCCACACCAUUGGAGGGAGACGUUGUUCCCUUCCAGUGUCAUUCCAGACGGCAGCAGCGGCAGUGAGGUCCUGUAUAAAUAUCAGAGGCUUCGAUAAGCUCAGGGUACAAUCUGGAACUGGCUGCUGAGCAGGAGCAUACGGACUACAGCUAUGGAUACACAUGGGUCCAGUCUGCUCUAUCUCACCGUCCUCUACCUCACCCUGGCAGAGGUGUGGAGCAAGCAUGGGGAGCAAAGAAACCUGUUUGCCCUGAGAGCAUGCUGCAGAAGACAGAGCCACUUUGUUUACAUUGGUCAAGACAUCUCUGGGAGUCCGGUCAGUAUGGACGUGGGCAUGUGCCGUUCCCACUGUGGGAGCGCGUACAGGACAUCAAACGAUCGCACGCAGCAGGAUUACCUCAAGUAUUCCUCAAUGCUGGAAUUUCUCCGAAGCAAAAAGAUGGGGCCGCGAACGACGUACACGGAGAGCGCGGAGCCCCCCGAGCACACACCGUCUUGCGGGGAGAGCCACGUGUGCGAGCCCACGGGGAUGAGAGUGGACCGGGUGCUUCUGUUUGAAGGGCCACGGGAGGUCGAGGUGAUCCAGGAAUGCCAUUGUGAAACAAGAAUCACCCAGUGUCUCCGGACCCCUGCAUUGAGGACCUAUUUCUUUGAGACGCCUUACGAGAAUGUUGUCGACGUCGGAGGAUGCACUAAGUCCAAGGGCUCCCCAGAUGGAUUCUCCUGUGUCCCCACCAAGUUUGCCUCAGCCAUAGUGGAGACCCCCAACAAACUGAACCUCGUCCAGACGGUGGUGGCCUGUGAGCUGAAGGAGAGUUGUUACCGAGUCCCAUCUAUCGAGUACUACUACGAAAUAGUGGACCAAACAGACGGAAUCAAAGAGGAGAAACUAAAGGAAAUAGACGUGGGCAGAUGCAUGGGAGGCUGCACUGCAGGAAACCGAUGCCUUCUCAGGAGCCCCUCUGAUCCAGAAAUAUGUCGACUUUGGGCUGAAAGACCACAAACCUCUUGUGCUCCACAAAGCCAUGAGAGCCACACUUUCCUGAACCAGCAUGGACAGACCCGCACCGUUCUUUCCAUUACCUCGUGCCAAUGCCAGAACUAAAUAUAGCGCCCUCCAGUGGAGCGCACCUGAACUGUUCCCCGCUAGGACGUUCGGGACGUGUAUUUCUAAUGCGGUUUUAGUAUUUUUGAUACAAUUUUGAUAUUUCACGUAAGCCUUUCGUCUCUUCUCAAAUAGUAUUGUAUUAUAUGUAAUAUAUGUAAACUAUAUAUUUUGUAAAUAAAACCUAUCCUAAAGCUAUGGAUAAAGAGUUAGUAUUUAUUUCAUUAAGCAGAACCUUAUGGUGCGACUUGGAUUUAGUAGGAAUGAUUCUAAAAGCCUUCUAAAAGAGCAAGCGGCGUAAAUACUUUGAAUGAAACAAUAGAAAGGCUCUAGGAAUUACAUGUAG